CGGCUCUCAGAUCGGACCGCCGGGAAUAAGCUCACUGCACAACCGAACCGGACCGGACGCCUUACAGCCCGGUUCGGAUCCGCAUGUUGGAACCGGAGCUGACUGGAUGGUGGAUCUAGAACCUUCUACUUGCUCAGAAAUACCAGCAGUUCCUCCAACUUCCUGCUCAGGUGAGAUCUAUGGACAGAUCCAUUCAGACUUCCUGGGAACGGUUCCUCCAGUAGAGCUUGUCUCCUCUGGCUGGAUCCUGAUCCGGAUCCUGAUCCUGAUCCGGAUCCUGAGGAAGGUUGAAGGAACGGCUAGCUUUGCUAAAGCUUCUUUAUUUUCUGGUCCUCCAGCGUUCGUCUCUAACCUCACCAUCCAGAGGCAGCACUUCCCAGGCGAUGACGACCAGACGGGAGCAGCCAAAGCUCUGAUGAGGCUGCAGGACACCUACCAGCUGGACACGGAGGCCAUCUCCAGCGGGCGGCUGCUCGGCUCUGAGGCGCUGCUGAGCAGCAGGCUGACCGUAGAGGACUGCUUUGACCUGGGGAGGGUGGCGUACGCCGAGGUGGAUUAUUACCACACGGAGCUGUGGAUGGCGCAGGCCUUAAAGCAGCUGGACCGAGGGGAGCGGUCCGGCACCGUGGACGCCGUCGCCAUUCUGGACUACCUCAGCUACUCCGUCUACCAGCAGGGGGAGCUGGAGAGAGCGCUCGACUUCACUAAGAGGCUGCUAGAGCUGGGUCGGUACCACCAGAACCAGAGUCCAAACUGCCUGGCGUCUCUGG